UCAGAAUCGACGCUCAACCUGCACCAUGGUUCCCGUACGGACUGGUCGCACACGCCCGACGAAACCGAAAAAAGCGGCACGAGGACAGAAGAGAAAGCGAGAGGAUGUCGACGUAGAGGCUUUGGAAAGUGCAGUGCAGGAACUCGAUCCGAAGGCGAAAUAUGAUACUUUCACCGACUUGCCAUUGUCCGAACCGACCAAGAUAGGCUUGAAGGCCGCUCACUUCAGUACCCUCACCGAUAUCCAGGCGAAAGCCAUCCCACUGGCGCUCCAAGGCCGAGAUAUCCUGGGAGCAGCCAAGACAGGAAGCGGCAAGACGCUGGCCUUUCUCGUUCCUGUGCUGGAGAACCUGUACCGAGCACAAUGUGUGGGUGGCGAUGCGGGACUCGGCGCUCUGAUUAUCACACCUACGAGGGAGCUGGCGAUCCAGAUCUUCGAGGUGCUGCGGAAGGUGGGUGGGAAAGGACAUCUCUUCUCGGCUGGGCUCGUGAUUGGCGGUAAGAGCGUGCGAGACGAGGCAGAUGCGUUGCUGAGGAUGAACAUAUUGGUAUGCACGCCGGGGCGCAUCAAGCAGCAUUUGGAACAGACUGCGGGCUUCAACGCGGACAACCUGCGAAUGCUCGUGAUGGACGAAGCAGAUCGAAUCAUGGACUUGGGCUUCCAGCACGCUGUAGAUGCCAUCAUUGAAUACCUCCCCAAGGAUAGGCAGACCAUGCUGUUUAGUGCCACACAGAGCAAGCGAGUGUCGGAUCUGGCGCGACUGUCGCUGAAAGAGCCCGAGUACAUCUCGGUGCAUGAGACUGCUGCUUCAGCAACUCCCAAGACUUUGCAGCAAAACUAUGUCAUUACUCCUCUGGCUGAGAAGCUCGAUACGCUCUGGUCCUUCAUACAGUCGGCGAAAAAGUCCAAGAUCAUUGUAUUCCUGUCCGCCACCAAGCAAGUACGAUUCGUGUUCGAAGCUUUCCGCCAUAUGCAGCCCGGUAUCCCACUGUUGCAUCUCUACGGACGAAUGAAAGAGACGACACGGCUCGAGACGACGGAGAAGUUUUCACGCGCGCAGCAUAGCUGUCUGUUCACCACCGAUGUCGUGGCACGUGGUCUGGACUUUCCGGCGGUAGACUGGGUCGUGCAAGUCGACUGCCCCGAAGAUGCGGACACUUACAUUCAUCGAGUCGGUCGCACUGCGCGAUACGAGCGCGAAGGUCGCGCAGUGCUGUUCCUCGACCCCAGCGAAGAGGAAGGCAUGCUUACACGACUGGAGCAGAAGAAGAUUCCGAUCGAACGCAUCAACGUACGGCAGAAGAAGCAGCAAAGCAUCAAGGACCAGUUACAGAACAUGUGCUUUCAGGACCCUCACGUGAAGCAGCUCGCCCAGAAGGCAUUUAUCGCGUACACCAAGAGCAUCCACAUCCAAAAGGACAAGGAAGUGUUUAAUUUGCAAAAAUACAAGCUCGAUGAGUGGGCGGCUAGUAUGGGUCUCCCUGGUGCACCCCGCAUCAAGUUUUUAAAUGCAGACCCAGAAGCGCAAAGACGCAAGAAGAACGAGUCACGUCAAGCACUGUUCCGGGCCUCUGACGACGAUGACGAGGAGGACGACGAUGAAGACGAUGAAGACGAGCAGGACAACAAGAAGCAGAAGAAGAACGGAGUGCGCACCAAGUACGACCGCAUGUUCGAGCGACAAAACCAGGAUAUCCUGGCAGAGCACAACAGGAAGCUUGUUCGCCAGGACGAAGACGACAUGCAUCGACUGGAUGGAGAACAAAUGUCUGAUGAUGAGCUCUUCUCGGUCAAGCGCCGCAUAGCAGCAGACGAAGUGCGGUCUGGUGAAGACGAGGAAGAUGAUGAAGGCGAAGGUGAAGGUGAAGAAGAAGCAGACACUACCACGGGGGUCAGGAGUGUCCUCAUCCCUGGAGCCAAGACGCCUCUGGUGCUCGACUCGAAGCGGCGCGAGAAGUUGCUCAAGUCGAAGAAGAAGCUGACCAAGCUCAAGGACAAGGGCCAGAAAUUGGUGUUUGACGAUGAUGGCAAUGCACAGCAGGUGUAUGAGCUCGAGAAUGAAGAAGGGUUCCGAGCUCAGGGCGAAGCGGAAGAACAAAGGAGGAAGUUCUUGGAGAAGGAAGCGGAGCGUGCCGAGAAGGCUGAUGUAGAGGACAAGGCGCUCGCGAAAGAGAAGCGUAGAGCCAAAAUGCAGAAGCGGAAGGAGAAGGAGAAGGAGGAGAGGGCGGCAGCGAAUGCGCCCGAGAAUAGUGAUGAUGAAAGCGAGGGUAGUGGUGGUGGACUCGAGGACGCGAGAGAAGAGUUUGCAAAGUUCUUGAACGACACACGAGAAAGUGAUGAAAGCGCCGAUGAGAGUGAGGAGGAGGAGGAGGAGGAGGAGGAGGAGGAGGAGAGGGCGCAAAAGAAACAGAAGACGGAAAAGAAAAAGGUGAAAUGGUUCCAGGAAAAGGGCAAGAGAACGGAUAUGGAGCAGCAGGAGAUGGAGAUUGAAUCAUUUGGAGACUUGGAGGCGGCAGCAGCAGCAGCUUUGCAGAGUUAA